CGUUGCCCACGCGACGUACAGUUUAUUAAUCAGGAUCAGACGACUUUGAUCGGACUACCGGAACUCUGAUUUAUUUAAUUGAAUUUAAAUUUUUAAAAUAAGUUAGCAUUAUUGAAAGUUCAACUAAAAAUGGCCAGUAAUUAUAAAGAAAUAACACAUUGUAUUUUUGACAUGGAUGGACUCCUCCUUGAUUCAGAAAGUGUAUACAAGCAAAUAUAUCAAGCAAUAGUAUCUAAACAUGGAUAUACCUAUGGAGGUGAUUUGGCCUAUCAAGUUCUCGGAAGACCGGAAGUUGUAGGGGCAGAACUUAUAAUAAAUCAUUACAAGUUACCCAUAACUAUUAUUGAAUUUCAAGAUAUUUAUCAUCGAUUACAGCGAGAACUUUUCGUAGAUGUUAAUAUGAUGCCAGGUGCAGUGAGACUUUUGCAGCAUUUAAAAGAAAAUAAUAUUCCAAUUGCACUGGCAACAAGUUCAAGCAAGGACAGUUUUGAACUAAAAACAAAAAAAUUAAUGGACGUUUUCAAUCUGUUUCAUCAUAGAGUUCUAGGUGGUUCUGAUCCUGAUGUAAAAAAGGGAAAACCUAAUCCCGAUAUAUUUUUGGUUGCGGCUGAUCGAUUUCCCGAUAAGCCAGAUCCUUCAAAGUGUCUUGUCUUUGAAGACGCUCCUAAUGGAGUUGAAGCAGGAAUUUCUGCAGGAAUGCAAGUUGUUAUGGUGCCAGAUCCAAAUUUACCAAAGAAAUUCACCGAAAAAGCAACAUUGGUAAUAAACUGUCUCGAUGAAUUCAAACCUGAAGAAUUUGGUCUACCAGCUUUUAAAAAUUAGAGCAAAUUUUUUCUUAAAAACUAUUAAAAAGAAAAUAAUUAGACAAAAUUGUAAUACAUUGUCACUUAAAUUUUAAAAAUUACCAAAAAAAUAAUUAUGUUUAUUUUGUAAU